GCUCUCUGGGAACGGGAAGUUGUUCCAGGGGGUUGCAGAAAAAAGGCUUCAGCCUCCCGGAGAGGUGGCUGGGAAGAGAAUCACAUCCCCCGGGAAGCGAGAGAGGAGCUGCCCUGCCGGGGGACGGCAGCAGGUUAAGUACACACACCUGGGAGAGCGGGAGGUUCCCCGCCUGUGGGGCCGGCCUGCUCCGCUCCGCUCCUGGGGUGGGGCCGGUUCCCGGUUCCCGGUUCCCCGUUCCCGAUUCCCCGUUCCCGUCCAGCCGCCGUCGCGGGACCCCUCGGCCCUGCGGGACGAGCCCAUGGCCAGGAAGGAGCCGCUGCUGAGCGCCCUUAAAGGAGGGGUGCUGCGGCUGCGGGACAGCGGCGGCCCCUGCACGGACACCUCGCCGCACCUCGUGUCCCUCUGCCAGCUGCUGGAGAGCAUCCUGCGCAAGGGGCUCCGACAACCAGCCUGGGGCUUCCGCAGACGGGAUUACUGGCACUGGCUGGAGCAGCUCCCCGCGGGGACCGGCGGCCUGCCGAGCCCUCUGUCCGGCAGCCUGCGGGGCGCCGGGGGCUGUGAGCGGACGCGGACGGCGCAGGGCCGGGGGCGAUGCUUUCUGCGCUGGGCUCUGCAAGGGAAGGCGCUGGCGGCGGCCGUGAGGCAGCUGGCACAGACCCCCCGGCUCCUAGAGUUUUACGAUCCUGGGAGCUCCAUCCUCGGCAGUGAAGAUCUCCGGGGCUGUGGCUGCGGGAACCUGGCGGUGACACUGCCCCUCCAUCCCCAUCCCUCUGCAGAGCCUUUCCUCUCACUGCUGCUGGUGCUGACAGAGAUAGACUUCUCCCUGGACCUGCAGAAUUGCAGCUUCUUGGAUGAGAGCUGGCUGCUGCCGGUGUGCAGUAUCUACGAGACAGUCCCGUGCCGAGCACUGGGGAUGGUGCUCAGGUACGUGGACGGCCGAGUCUUUGUCACCAAGGUGCUCCCCGAGAGCCAGGCAGAGGUGGACGAGGUGGUGCUGGCCGGUGACAUCCUGGAUGAGAUCAAUGGCUGCUCACUGAGAUGCGCCUUCCCCGGGCAGGCUGGGGCUGUGCUGCAGAGACUGAAGGGACAGCCGCUCACCUUGCGCCUGCUCCGGUGGCGGUGGCACGACGGGACCGUCUUUGAGCCACUGCUGCCUUACCUGAGGGCCCUGAAGGAGAAGGAGCCCCACUUCCAGCUCCAGCACAGCCCACGGCACCGGGGCCAGGGGGAGCCCCGGCAGCUGCAGGGGGGCAGGCUGCUCUACAACCUGCGGUACCUGGGCCAGACCAGCGUUGGGACGUGUGGUGGCAAAGAGGUGCUGGAGGGGGCCAUCCCUGCCGUGCUGGAGAGGGGCUUGGCAGCGCGGGAGGUUUUAUUUGAUGUGAAGGAGGCAGAAAUCCUUGUGCAGGAGAAGGCUUCUUCCAAGCCCCUGUGCCGCCAUCCCUACCCCUCCAUCUCCUGCGUGGGACGCUGCUCAUGGAGCCCCAGGAUCUUUGCCUUCUGUGUGGUCUCUUCCCCCGAGAGCCCUGAUGGGAGCACGUUCGACUGCCUGGUGUUUGCAUCCAGCUCUGAGCAAGAAUGCGAGGAAAUCAUCGGGAGAAUCGGAGCUGAGGCUGCUACUGCAGCUCAGCACCAAACCAUUCAUAACAAAUCCCCCGUCUUGGAAUUUUUCAUUUUCAAUUGGCCUAAAUGCAAGCUGUGUGUUUCUUCCUGAAUUACAUGGGCUACUGAGGAUCCUCAGAUUUCCCAUGGAGACAUUCCUGGCAGGCAGGAUCCCUGGAAAGAACUACCCAGGUGAUUGACCUGGGGUCACCGAGCCUCACCUAAAGUUUGAGCUGGUGCUUAACUUUGCGUCUAAAUUGUGAGCUUAAUUACUUUAUAUUAAAGGAAUCUUUUCCCCUACAGCUUUAGCAAGGAGAAUAAGAAAAUACAUGUUUUAAACCCAUCAUUUGUGAACAGGA